AUGCUUGGUUACCUGACAGAUAUACUCACGGGCACUCGCCGCAGAAGACACCCAUCAGUAAUCCUCGUUCUGCAGCGUCUGACUUCGACCAGCUUGCUGCAUAUCGUGCCCGAAACUGACGACGUAGAGCAUGUUGAGUUUGCACCACCGGCAUUUACCUACCGUGGAACUUUAGAACGGUUUCGCGAACAGAUAGCCACAGUCUCAAUAUACGCCGCGGGUAACAACAUCGACGAAUACCUGGUAGAAGUCGGUCAUCGGGCGACUAAGAUCUUAAGCGACCGCAGAACUCCUGGCCUCGAAGGCAACCGUUUCUUGUCCAUCGAACAGGCUUUGCGAUCUGCAGUAUCUGCGAGCCUGGAGAGCCGACUAAACGAUCCUCCAAAGAUUGGGGACCAACUUUUCCCAGUGUUCUUGGUACACAUCGAUCGACCGAAGCCAGAGAAGAUCUUGUCGAACGAGUUUACGAGCUUGGGAGGAACAACCAUACUCGAUUUCGGUCGUCAGUUCUACAUCUACGCACCCUCUACAAUCUUAAAACUUGGAACAGACGAAGGCGAGGCAGCGAUGACCGCCCUCGCUCACAACAUUCUCGGCAAAGUCGUCCCCAAUGUCUCCGGGCUGGUACACAUUGCCGAUCUACAAGAUCAAGGCCUACUCCUCGAUCAUCAACCAGGUAUUCCUCUUGUCGAGCUCUGGUCGACACUCAGCCCCACAGAGCAGGCUACGGUUACGAAAAGUCUUGUUGAUCUGCUUGUUCGAAUGCGAGCACCGCGAGAAGGAUUAGACUACUACGGCCGUCCAAACGGACAACCGUACAUCACCCUAUCCGAAUUGGGACCAAAUGAUACCCACUCUUACUGUCACACAUACCAAGAAUGGAGUGCAUCCCGUGUGCAUGCACUCCACAAGUCCAUGGAAGAAAGUGAAAUCGAUGAAGCUCGCGUACAGGAGUUAGAGCAUAUUCAACAAGAAACAACCGCAGAGAAGAAAACCCUUAUAGACUUACCGGUUCUCACGCAUGGAGACUUGUCGGACCGCAACAUCCUGGUUGAUCCUUCUACACUUCAAGUGACUGGUCUCAUCGACUGGGAGUUGGCCAACGUUGCUCCUGCCUACUUUGAGUAUGCUGCAGCACGUCUCUGUGGCGGUCACGAUCCUCCUUGGCGAAAAGUAUUAUUAAAAGUGCUACGUCAGGUUUUGCGCAUUGAAUGUGAUCGCGCGCUCCACGAGUCAGACCCUGAGCGUGACUUCACAGCUUCUGAGAAGGAGAACCUAUUCACUAAUGCGAUGGCUGCGUGGAACUCUCUUGUCGAUGUUGAAAGAUCUGCACAAGGGUUUUCAGAUGCCUGCUAUUGGACUUUUGAAGAGAAGGCAUGA